AUGAACCUCCUCGCUUUGAUGGUCCUCUUGGCCGUUGCUUGCCCAGCGUCCGCAAUCUGGACCGAAGACGCCUCGAACAACUUCGCCACAGACCUGGCCCCAUUCUUAGCGCUUUUCGGCGAGAAAAUGCUCCUACACUGGCUCAGUCAGUCUGUCACGUAUUUCGAAGUCUUUGUAAUCGCUGUAUGUCCUAUUGGUGUCCCGGCACUCAUCAUGGGUGCAAUUCGCCUUGCGGGCAGCCAGACCACGAGGAAUUUCAUUGGAAGGCCGAGGGAGAGCCGUCCCGUGGUCGAGUCAGAACUGACUCCGUCUACUUCUAAUGAGGUGUCGGAGUCCUGGGACGGACAGAGGGUCGUGCGCACGAUUGGAGAGGGAAAGACUCAAGAGUAUUUCGUGUUGAAGCGCGUCGGUGCAACUUCUACGGAUCGUAUUGUCGCGAAGAAGCUCUCCGAAAGCGUGGGAACUUACAUUGAGGUCGGAGACGUGCCAACGCUUCCUGGGAAGUCGUACCAAAUCCUCAAGUCCACCUUCAAUUCUUUGACUCGUUGUCUGGCAUCAAUGAAUCUGCCUUCCCUCGGACUGAAUUCCGUCAUCAGCUUUUACACCGGUCGUUCUCGUUCAGCAUCAGACGUUGAGCACAACACUGUAUCCCUUCACGAUGUUACCCCCAGGGCUCCCGGCAAUUCUCACAUACCUCACGAUGAUGCUGGCGUGAUUUUGAUAAAGAAUGACAAGAACAAGUCACCCAAUCUAAGCCUGAACAUCCAGGAACACUUCUACCCCAAGCGUGGGACGUUGAUGGCAUUUUUGGCCCUUGCUGGUUUUUUCCUUGGCUUGAUUUGCCCCUGGAUGGAUUGGCUUUCGAUGAUCAUGGCCAAAGGCCUUCAAGAUGCGCCAUGGUCGAAAAGGCUCGAGGCAAAUGAAGAGUCAGAUAGCUCUGAUCGUCCAUGGGCUGCUAACGGUGGCUGGGACUGGAAAGCCCCUAGCUGGGAGGAUCUCCAGAAAUGUCUGCCACUUCUCCCCGACGCUCCGCUGGAUCCCAACGCUCGGCUUUCCAAGGCCCAAGAAGUCUUGAACCUUAGGAAAGGUAUCGCCGGAGCUGGAGCCAUACCCCCUCCGUUGACGACGCUGGCUGUCUCCGUUGCUCGAGCCAUAGAGGGUACGCUAAACACCCUCACUGACUCGGGUGAAGGUUACUUGGAACAUGGCUGCCGUAGUCUUCUGUGGAAGAUCGGGGGCCACCCAGACGACGUGGUCGAGAUUCGUUUAAAUCUCGAUGCUGACGGGAAAUGGAAAGUACCAGCCGGAGAUCUGGAGGCGAUACUUUCGCUUUGGCUGUUCAAGACGAGCUGCGGGGGCAAGGCCCGAGGAAGACAGCCGGCAGCCGAAGCGGUACCUGUUGGCGAAAGCAUCUCAACUGGGGCACCUGCUGGACACGCAAGCGUUGGUCAGGAAGAUGAGUGGCUACGAAAGUAUUCCCAAAAAAGCCCCUCGCUUCUUCCAAUGCCAUCAGAAGGAAACCCCCUCCCCGCUCUAUCCCAAGAGAUCAACCUGUGGUUCAAUGAGCCUUUUCGUGAUACCCGUCAAUUCGGGCUAGUCGCUCUCAAACACGGCAUUCACUCAUCAGAGCCUUCACAAAGAAGAUCAUCUACAUCACCCGCACAAUCCUCAUACAGAAGACCAUCAGAAUCGUCCUCAUCGAGCUUGCCAGACGAGGACUUCGGCACUUUGGGUGAAGUGAAGACUCUUGUGGAAGAGCCGGAGGGGUCGCUUCAGACUAGCCAUGCACAGCACUUGUUCUGUUUGUUCAUGUGGUCAUUGGCCAAAACUUUGAAGAAGCCGAUAGGUGGUGACACUAACGUGGUGGCCGCACCCGGUAGAGCACCUUCCAAGGGCUUACGGCAGACUCGGUUUGCCGUUGAGAAUUCCCAUCUUCGAGAGAUUUCUUCCAAAAUCUCUCUUGCGGGACUUGGAGAACAGGGCAUAGUGUUCCCUGCGCUUUUGCUACCGCUAUUGGCAGCAAAUAAGCUACCAAGUGCUCGGGCAAUUCUCAAAGCGGCUAGAGAGUACCACGAUGCUUACGAGCGAAAGGAACCUCAGGAUACCGAUUUUAGUGUUUACAUCUGGCUUUUCGGAAAUCUUCUCAAACUUCCCUCGCAAAAAGAACUUUUCAUCACAGUAGCUUCGGUAUUGAUCGAUGGCCUGGAACAUAUGCAUUUGGAUCACGAACCAGACUGGAAAGCUGGUCCUAUCAUUACGGGUACCUUGACAUCUGUUAUAAAGAUAACACGAAGCUACCUUGGAGAUCCUGGUUGGAAAGUGAUAAAGAGAAUGGUGAGUGUUUCAGAAUCCCAUGAUACUCAUUUCUCUAGCACGUUCAAUUCUACAUCUGGACAGCUGGGACUGGAACCGAUAUCCGAGCACUCAGGAAACACUCCAAACCCUGUGUCACCACACAACCACCUGACUCCUCUCCAACUUUUCUGCUUCAACGGAGAAGACCUGAGCGAAGAGAAGAUCACAGAGGUGAUCAAGCAUAAUUUGGAUGACAUUGACGCUGUGGAUAUAUUCGGGCGGACGGCCAUCCAUUACGCCAUCCAAAGAGAUCACAGUCGCAGGUUCAAGCUGGUGAGAAGGUUGUGUGAUUUCGGGGCCAAACUCAACAUACCUGAUCUUCUUGGACGAACGCCAUUACAUAUAGCAUGCCAUUGCCCUGAAGUGGCUGUGGUAGACAAGUUGCUCAGCAGUCUAGUUGAAGGUUUCAACGUGUCUGAUUCGAAAGGACUCACACCGUUGCAUCAUGCAGUUGCAUGGGGGAGAGGCGGUGUGCUGGAUUACUUGAGAGAAUUGGGUCGGACAAGUUUAUUCAGACUCAACGAUCGUGCUCCUGAGCUUGUCCAUUAUUACGCACGCUAUCGCGAAGCUCGUGACUUGACUUCCAUGACGGGUUUCGGCGUCAUGGGCCUCUGCGACCAUCGUGGUAGAAGUGGCUUCCACUUGGUUGUUAUCAAUCACAAGAUCAAACCAGAGGACAUCCCGACAAUUUUCACAGAAAUCACCCAUUUCGAUUAUCGAGAUUCGGCCUCAGAAAGCCCACUGGAUCUCGCCGCGCGAAUAUUGGCAUAUGGAUGUGGUCAUGACUGCUCAAGAGCCUGUAAGGAACGUAUGGAGAAGAUCCACCCGGCUUUGAUAAAGCAACAGUCUAACUUACUUUGGCUUCGAAGACCUUGGCCCAAAAUGACCCUUUGA